AAAUGUAGGAACAACAAGCACGGAGUAAUUGAUUUGACAAACAGUACUCUUAGAUACACCUCUUCAAACACAAUGCUGAAUUUAUCCACAUUUGAUAAAAAUAAGGAAACUGAAGAUCACGAAGAUUUAUCCGAAUUGAUAAACACACCACAUAGUAAACUUCAAAAUCAGCCGGAUAUGUUGAGAGAGAAUGAAAAAUUAACAUGUAGCGAUGUUGAUAUGAAUGGGUAUAUCAUAAUGCACGAAAACCAAUUGGAUCGAAAAGAAACUACUUUAGAAAACAGAUUAGAAAAAAUGAUUAAAGAAAAAUCGGAAAACGAAGACGAUGGUUUUAAAAAAGAAUAUCAUACCUUGUUGUGCGGACCAAGAUAUCCGUGUGAGAUAGGAAAACGCCCGGAAAAUAUCAAGAAGAACAGAUUCAAAUCCACUGUUGCUUAUGAUCACUCAAGAGUUAUACUGGUUGCCAAAUGUCCAGACUACAUUAACGCUAAUUAUAUUGAUGGAGUUAGACAAGAGAAUGUGUACAUCGCAACGCAAGGCCCUCGAAAAAACACAGUAUCAGACUUUUGGUCCAUGGUUUGGCAAGAAAGGGUGAAGCAGGUCGUUAUGUUAACCAAUCUCAUGGAAGGAGCUAAGGAAAAGUGUUUUCAGUAUUGGCCAGAAUUAGAGGCAGACGCAAAGUUUGACACAUUCAAAAUAAAAACCAUUGAUGAAAGGCAUUAUGCAUACUACGUCACACGGAAGCUGAAUGUUACACACACAACUAUAAAUGAGAAUAGAGUGGUCGCCCAGUAUCAUUACACCACCUGGCCGGAUCACGAUACACCCGAUCCGCUUUGUCUUUUAUUGUUCCAUAACCACGUGACGAGAACAAAAGUUGCCCGCCAUAAGGUUCCAACUUUAGUUCACUGCAGUGCUGGAAUAGGAAGAACAGGAACAUAUAUAGCAAUCGAUGCCUUAUACGAAGAAGGUCAAUGCCAAUCCAAAAUUAACAUUGCAGAAUAUGUGAGGAAAAUGAGAGAAAAGAGAAUAAAUAUGGUCCAGACUUAUGAACAAUACAAGACAAUAUUUUUGACUUUGAACGAAACGUCUAAAGCCCCAGUUGGCGUCCAGACAGCAAUUGAUUAUCAAAAAUCUUUACAAUUAGCUAAACGUGAUCAUCAUACGUUUGUCUCAACAGUCAAAAAAGAAUUUCAGAAGCUUCUUUCAAUUCGACACUGUUACUCAGAAAACGAUUACAAAAUGGCACUAACUCCAGCAUCUACGUCAAUUCGCGCUCUUGACCAAUACGCUUUGUUCCUGACAUCAAGUGUUCCAGAACGUGAAAACUACAUCAAUGCCAUAUCCUUACCGUCUUUUACCCAUUCGAACGCUUUUAUCAUCACCCAUUAUCAAACAACAGGAAAUUCUGUAGACUUUAUACGACUUAUUACUGAUUACGAAUCCGAUAUAGUUGUCUGUAUGGAACCCCUCUGCAAUGUUGAAUUCGCAUAUGAAUGGCUACCGACGGCAACACAACAUAGAACUUUGACACCCUACACGAUUCAAUUAUAUCAAGAACGUAUAACGGAAAUUAAACGCAGCGAAAUUGAGACUGUCAAAGAAGAGUGUUCUGAUAGACCAUGGUCUAUUGAAAUAGUUGAGCCAAUGUGCACCCUCACAAAGGAUUAUUCCCAAACAGCUUCACAAAUUCUUAGUUUAGUGUCUUUUGUACAAAGCGUAAAAACACAAAACCCCAUCACCGUUGUCAGCAGAGAUGGGGUUGCUCUGUGCGGUGUGUUCUGUGCUGUAUACAACCUGAUACAACAACUGACAAUGGACGAGGAGAUGGACGUGUUCUCUGUGAUGUAA